AUGGGAUGUACAACUCUCCCGAGGACGGAUCGCUGGGCGGAGUCCACGAGGACGACUGGACUGUCACUUGGUCUGUCCUCAGGACUGUCUCCUCCGACAGCACCUGCUGCAGUCUACGCCGGCGGGAGGCGUUGUUACGCCGCACCAACAGGACGCAGACUACCACCAGCAGCACCGUCACCAGAAGGCAGACCCAGUGAUGACACGCCCAGAUUUCCCCCAGGACACACAGGUCUUGAUACUAGACCACAGUCCCUGGGGGACCUGCUUGGCGAUCCUUCCACAGGGCAACCAGGCCCUCAGCCUCCUGCACCUGCCCUGGGGGACCUGCUCGGUGGUCCUGCCACAGGGCAACCAGGCCCUCAGCCUCUUGCACCUGCCCUGGGGGACCUGCUCGGUGGUCCUGCUACAGGGCAACCAGGCCCUCAGCCUCCUGCACCUACCCUGGGGGACCUGCUCGGUGGUCCUGCCACAGGGCAACCAGGCCCUCAGCCUCUUGCACCUGCCCUGGGGGACCUGCUCGGUGGUCCUGCCACAGGGCAACCAGGCCCUCAGCCUCCUGCACCUGCCCUGGGGGACCUGCUCGCUGGUCCUGCCACAGGGCAACCAGGCCCUCAGCCUCUUGCACCUGCCCUGGGGGACCUGCUCGGUGGUCCUGCCACAGGGCAACCAGGCCCUCAGCCUCUUGCACCUGCCCUGGGGGACCUGCUCGCUGGUCCUGCCACAGGGGAACCAGGAGCCUCGCUGGCGGACCUGCAUGACGAACCUGUAGAUCACUCGGGAGUGUAUUACCAACAGCAACACUGUCACCAGGAGGGCGACUGGAACCCACUUGGGGUCCCACUUGUGACGACAAUUAAGGCCUAA